AGCCGCCGAUUCCGACUCAUCUGAAGAAAAGAUCAUCUUGGUUCUUGCAGCUUUUCUUUUGGGGUUUAUAAGUAUUGUUCGUUGAUGGUCAUCUAAGUUUGUUUCCAACUACAAGAAAUAGGGUGCUUUUGCUUUGUUUCAUCAGUGCGAGAUGGUUGCCUUUGGGAAGAAGUUGAAGGAAAGACAAAUUCAGGAAUGGCAAGGAUUUUACAUAAACUACAAAUUAAUGAAGAAGAGAGUCAAACAGUACGCUAAUGAAAUUGAAGUUGGGACACAAGAUCGACGACAUGUUCUCAAGGAUUUCUCAAGAAUGCUGGAUAAUCAGAUUGAGAAGAUUGUCCUUUUUAUAUUAGAGCAACAAGGUCAACUUGCAAGCAGGUUAUCAAAGCUUAGAGAACAACAUGAUGCACUUGAGGAGGAGCCAGAAAUAUCCCAAAUAACUGAACUCAGAGAGGAUUAUAGGGCAGUGGGGCAAGAUCUUUUGAAGCUUCUCUAUUUUGUCGAAAUGAAUGCUAUUGGACUGCGAAAGAUAUUGAAAAAAUUUGAUAAACGCUUUCACUAUAGAUUCACCGAUUACUAUGUCAAAACUCGUGCCAAUCAUCCUUAUUCGCAGUUGCAACAAGUGUUCAAGCAUGUGGGUUUAGGGGCUGUUGUUGGAGCAAUUUCUCGUAAUCUUCAUGAACUCCAGGACCGUCAAGGAAGCUACUUAUCAAUUUAUGAUCCUCCUGCCCUUCCUCUCCAGGAUCCUGUUGUUGAUGCAAUAAAAGCAGCUGUGGAUAGGUUAACUUACUCGACAAACUUCCUAAACUUUCUGGCACAACAUGCUCUCAUUAUGCAAGAGAAGUUACCUACUCCUGCUGAUGAACAACGCAUCGAUGAAGAGAAAUAUCAUUUCAUGUCCCUCCUCUUGAACUUGGCAAACACAUUCCUCUAUAUGGUCAAUACAUAUAUUAUUGUCCCCACAGCAGAUGACUACUCCAUGAGGCUUGGAGCUGCUGCAACAGUUUGCGGUAUUGUUAUUGGGGCAAUGGCUGUUGCACAGGUGUUUUCUUCUGUGUAUUUUAGUGCAUGGUCUAAUCGAUCAUACUUCAGACCACUCGUAUUUAGCAGUGUUGUCCUUUUUGUGGGAAAUGCAAUGUACGCAAUGGCUUAUGAUAUGAACUCAUUGACAGUUCUUCUACUUGGUCGACUUUUUUGUGGAUUUGGUUCUGCUAGAGCUGUUAAUCGCCGUUAUAUCAGUGAUUGUGUACCGCUAAAAAUCAGGAUGCAGGCAUCAGCUGGUUUUGUUAGCGCCAGUGCUUUGGGGAUGGCUUGUGGUCCUGCUCUUGCUGGCAUACUUCAGACAAAUUUCAAGAUUUACAAGUUUACCUUCGAUCAAAACACUUUGCCAGGAUGGGUUAUGGCUGUAGCUUGGCUUUUAUAUCUGAUAUGGUUGUGGAUCUCAUUCAAAGAACCAUCCCGUGAUAUAGAAGAGCCUCAUGUGUCUGGUUCAGAAACGGUAGAAAAUAAUGUACUCGAGGAAGGUAAACAACCAUUGCUAAUUACUUCAGAAGAGAAGCAAGAAGACGAUGAGGAUCCAGAAGGUGAUGGAAGUGAAGAGGCUCCAGAGGAAUCUCGUCAGCCUGCUACAUCGUUUAUGUCAGCUUAUAGACUACUUACACCCUCAGUAAAGGUUCAAUUGUUGAUAUAUUUCAUGCUGAAGUACGCAAUGGAAAUUUUACUCUCGGAAUCUAGUGUCAUCACCACAUACUACUUCAGCUGGUCUACGAGCACCGUUUCCAUCUUUCUCGCUUGUCUUGGGUUAACGGUUCUUCCGGUGAACAUUGUUGUUGGCAGCUACAUUAGCAAUAUGUUUGAAGACAGGCAGAUUUUAUUGGCAUCUGAAAUUAUGGUUUGCAUAGGAAUACUGCUUAGCUUCCAGAUGAUAAUACCAUACACUGUACCCCAGUAUGUCUUCUCAGGGCUCAUCAUGUUUGUUUCGGCCGAAGUGCUCGAAGGUGUGAACUUGUCGCUACUUUCGCGGGUAAUGUCAUCGAGGCUAUCGCGUGGAACGUACAACGGGGGACUACUCUCGACGGAAGCCGGGACGAUUGCUCGAGUGAUUGCGGAUGCGACAAUAACAGUGGUGGGGUUCUUAGGUCAGAGUCGGCUUUUGAAUGUCACUCUUCUUCCUUCACUACUUAUAUGUGUUGGCUCUAUUGUUGCUACAUGCUUUACCUACAACUCUUUAUAUUGAUACAACUAGGGAGAAAAGAAAAGGAGAACCAAAAUUAUUCCUUUCACCAUUCCAUAGCAUCAUGUUUCUUAGGAAAUCUUGUAUUGGUUGUACACUGUAAUUGGAUUUUAUUUAUUUAAUGAAGAUAUGAAAUUGAACUAA